UCGAGGCGUGAACGUGGCAGCCAUUUUACAUCAUCAAGAGUGAAUGACUGAAGCCGGACCUGUGCCGGGAGUUUUACACUUUUUCUGUCUUUUAAUUAUCACAUUUAUCUUCCUAUAUAAUCAACACCAUACACUUUGGUGUGCCAGCGGCAGGUAGGGCGAAUGCUUCUAUUUGGUCUCGUGAAUGUUGCCUAAUUGAAUGCUAAAAACUCAUGAGUCGUGUGGUGCUGUCUCAAACAAUGUGGAAACUGGUGGUUGUUGGGAACGAGUUGUCCAGACCGGCUUUUUGAAAAUGGACUCUUCCUAUGUGGCGGCACGUUGACUAAUCGCGUAUCCAGGAGGCUAAAACGUUAGCUUUCAAGGCCUCGUGUAAUCCGACUGAAUUUGACAGGGAUUCUUUGUCAGAUGGUUAAGUCUAUACCGACAAAUGACUAACAAUGGCCUCACUGAUAUUCCGGUCGAAUUAGCAUGCUAGCUUCAGCUAGCCCAUUUUGACAGAUCAUGAAACUGACAUCCUCAUUGUCAUUGCAUGCUAGUUGAACCCAAAGACAAAAGGCAGUUAUAUUAGUAAGAGUAGGGACUUGGUUUUGGCUACCGUAAUGAUGUACACACUCCCUGCCUAUUAGAAUAUUUAUCUCUGGCGUGUUCAUAUAAAUUGCACCCCGGAGCCUCGGGUUAUUGUCACGAUAAAUGUCCAUAGUUAGCUGGAUUGUUGAGACCUUAGCUGUGCAAACUAGCCCGCUAGCUAAGCUAGCCUCAACGUGUGCAAGUCAGUUCCUCCGCAAAUUUUAACAUUGUCAUAACAGAUCCGAGACAGGGGAGAUCGAUCGUUUUACAGUCGUUUGUAAACGUUAAAAUGUUUAGCAAUGAUUCUGACAGACUCAGAAGUCACUUUGAUUAAGUAGUAAUGUUUAACCACAGAAAGCACGUGCUUACGGUAUCGAUCAGCAGACAUUUGAAGAUAUUGGACGCAUGAUAUCGUUGAGCUAAUAUUAGCAAAUAGUUAGGCCAAACCAGAUGAUUGACCUAUACUUUUAGCUGAGUCUUACAUUGCCCAAUAGUUACGCGAACACUGAAGACUUCCAUUGCCGGUCUGCAGAACUUUCUUUUUGAACAUUCAGGAGGUGGCGUUGGACUUGGCCGUUAGCACGUUGCGUUUGGGUGUAUUUUAGGUGGUAAAUCUGUGAUGCCAUAGUGCCAUUUGUCAAAAUGGUCAGUCACAGGAAGCCGGGGGCUCAGUAUCUGAUGAAAACGUAUAUCACCCCUCUAGACACGGCUGAGGCCGGCAGUUAGAAGGUAAGCUAACAUGUAAUUUAGUGAAAAUAGAAGUCACGGCUUCUACAGAACAGUGACAUAAAGGAAAAUAAGUUGGCUCUGUGAGCCCAAACGUCUUAAACCUUGCAAUUUCACUGGUUUUACCAUAUGAAGCUUAAUUAGUGUCUGUGAAAAUUUGGAAUGUGCCUGGUCUCUCUUCUGCUCAGUGUGACUUUUGAUGAGUGUCUAUAAUCAGUUUGAGGCUCUCUACUGUAUGUAGCCCAAAGGUUGUAAGUUUUAAGUCAAUAUGGCGAAAGUUUUCCUGACAGCGGCCCAAAAACUUCUUUUGCAUGUCGGAGUCUCCUGUUUGUUAAUUUGGGCUCAAUAGCACACAAACUACAUCACAUUUCACAUCAUAAAUGGUCAGACCAUUUUUAUUUAUUUUCAAAAUGAUUGUACUGAUUAGCUUGAAGCUUCACAUUCUCUUGAAAACAUCCAAAGUAUUGCCCUUGACUCAGGAUUAAUUUGGCUCAUUGCAUUUAUACAGAUUUCUGGAGACAUGGCCACAGAACAUAUUAAUGGAAAUGGUCCAGAAGAACCAAUGGACACCUCUGCUGCAGUUACCCAUUCUGAGCACUUCCAGACUUUAUUAGAAGCUGGUUUACCACAGAAAGUUGCUGAAAAACUAGAUGAAAUUUACAUAGCAGGUUUGGUGUCACACAGUGACUUAGAUGACCGAGCGAUUGAGGCUCUGAAAGAAUUCAACGAGGAAGGUGCUCUCCAAGUCCUUUUGCAAUUCAAGGACAGCGACCUCUCACAUGUUCAGAAUAAAAGUGCCUUUCUUUGUGGCGUGAUGAAGACGUACCGACAGAGAGAGAAACAAGGGACCAAAGUGUCAGACACCAAUAAAGGACCAGAUGAAGCCAAAAUCAAAGCUUUGCUGGAGAGGACUGGCUACACACUUGAUGUGACCACAGGACAGAGGAAGUAUGGUGGUCCUCCUCCAGAGUCUGCCCAUUCAGGGCCACAACCCACCAUUGGUACAGAGAUAUUUGUAGGAAAAAUCCCAAGAGACCUUUUUGAGGAUGAGCUGGUCCCACUGUUUGAGAAAGCUGGCCCCAUCUGGGACCUGCGUCUGAUGAUGGAUCCUCUCAGCGGCCUCAACAGGGGUUAUGCCUUUGUCACUUUCUGCACUAAAGAUGCUGCGCAGAAGGCUGUAAAACUGUGCAACAACAGUGAAAUCCGACCGGGUAAACACAUUGGCGUAUGCAUCUCUGUGGCCAAUAAUAGACUCUUUGUUGGCUCCAUCCCCAAGAGUAAAACAAAAGAGCAGAUUGUUGAAGAAUUUGCAAAAGUUACAGAGGGACUCAAUGAUGUCAUAUUGUACCACCAGCCUGAUGACAAGAAGAAGAAUAGAGGCUUUUGCUUCCUAGAGUAUGAAGAUCACAAGACGGCAGCACAGGCCCGGCGCCGACUGAUGAGUGGAAAGGUGAAGGUGUGGGGGAACGUGGUCACAGUGGAGUGGGCUGAUCCUAUUGAGGACCCAGAUCCAGAAGUCAUGGCGAAGGUCAAGGUGCUUUUUGUGAGGAACCUGGCGAGCACUGUCACAGAGGAGAUACUUGAAAAGGCCUUUAGUCAGUUUGGCAAGCUGGAGAGGGUGAAAAAACUGAAAGACUAUGCCUUCAUCCACUUUGAGGAAAGAGACGGAGCAGUGAAGGCUUUAGCUGAUCUCAAUGGUAAAGACCUCGAAGGAGAGAACAUUGAAAUCGUCUUUGCCAAGCCCCCUGACCAGAAGAGGAAAGAGCGCAAAGCCCAGAGACAAGCUGCCAAGACCCAAAUGCUGCUUCUACACUCAGGUAUGACGAAUAUUAUUACUAUGGGCCUCCCCACAUGCCACCACCAACAAGAGGCCGAGGAAGAGGUGGGCGUGGAGGCUAUUCUUACCCUCACGAUUAUUACGGCUAUGAAGACUAUUACGAUUACUAUGGAUAUGAUUACCACAACUACCGGGGUGGUUAUGAUGACCCGUACUAUGGAUAUGAGGACUUCCAGGGGUCUGCACGAGGACGAGGAGCAAGGGGAGGAGUCCGCGGAGGUGCCAGUCAGACCAGGGGCCGUGGUGUUGUUACACCAAGGGGCCGGGGGGGUUUUACCCAGCGAGGGGGCCUUGGAACAAUCAGAGCAGGGAAACGGGGCCGAGGGCGGUCCUGACCUGUUACCAAGGAGACUGACUUGAUGAGUGGGGUUACACCGUAAGCUGCGAUGGAUGUUGAAACAAGACGAAAAAAGGUCCAACGAUAUUCCAGCCUUGCAAAAGAAGCAUUUACCCUCCCUGUUGUUUUUUGUUUUGUUUUUAUUUUUAAAAAAAAAAUGUUUUCCCUCCUCAAGCUGCCACCUUAAAAAAUUUUACCUGAGGAUUCAAAGUACGCUCACCACACUGCUCUUUGCUCUGUAUGUAGCCCCGAUUUACAGGGCUCUAUGAAUUGCCCUUACAAUCUGCCCCUGCCCUGUCCCUGAACAUGCCAUUUGUUUUAAUAAUUAUUGAAGAAAUUGCACUUUUUAAGUUUUUAGGUUUGAAGUGGCUCAAAGGAGCUUGAUGCUAUUGUAUAUUUUUGUGCUAAUCGCAAUUUUUAUUGUCGGAAUAUCCAUGUUAUUCUUAAUUGUUUGAUCUGGAUGUUUUGAAAUAGAACAUUUGCAGGAUUUUAGGGUGUACCCACCUGGCAUGGAUAAGUCAGGCAUUCCAGGAAAGUGGUUCUUUUCAGAACUUGUCUUUUAAAGGGUUGGUUGACUACCUCAGUACAGAGGACUAAACUACCCGGCCUGUACUGUAAAUAGGGAAACUAUAUUGAUGAAAGCAGGGCUUGUUUUUAUACAAAAUAUGCACAAGAGCUGCAGCGCAAAAACGAUGUACUUAAUGUAAUAUAGUUCUUUUAGCUGCAGCUCUGCAGACUGCAAACAGUCAAGCUGGGCAUGCAAAACAAUCUCAUAUGAUGAGUCUGAACAAGCCCUGCUUUUAUCCUAUUUUGAACUGAAUUAGCCGCCUUGCUUCUUCAGAGUAUGUAGUUACUGGUUGUAUAGUUUUUCGGAAAAUGUUACGUUUUGUAAAGGCUUCAAACAUCACAGGCAUCCAACUGCCUUUGAUUUAAAAAAUAAAAAAAAAUAAUAAAAAGCCCUGCAGUGUCCCUUUUGUGCCACUGUAUUAUUCAGUGGGUUUGUUUUUAUAUUCAUACAACUUAUUUUCAAGCAUUGUCAGAAUAAUGUCAAGGAACUGAAUCUAAUCCUUCAUCUUGUAAAAUCAUGUUAAUCUUUAAUGAUCCCUUCCCAGCUCCCAAGCCAGCAACUAUGUAGAAGAUCUUUGAAGUAGACCUUGAUGGAUGACUGAAUUGCCAUAUUUUUCCAGUCAGUGAGGACGUGUGCCUAACGUUAGCUGCUAAGAUUUGGUGAGGGAUCAUAGUCCCAUAGUGGUAGAAGGGAUACUGCAGUGAAUGAUUUCAAUUUCCAGGUAUAGCAUCAAGGAAACUGCUCUUCAGUCCCAGUUUUCUAUACAGUUAACUCCCUCAACAAAAAAAAACAUAACAACCACCUUUUGAAGAAAAAAAAGAUGUUAGCAGUUUUAAACUAUUGUUGGUGGCCAACAACAUUUUUGCAUUCCUGCAAAUAAAUUGUUUUAUACUGUAAAAUGGAGGUGAGUGUAACUUAUUUUUGUAAUAAAGUUUUUGAUUUCUA